UUUCUUAUAUGAUCCUUAAGCAUCUUAUUUGUGUUAUUUUCAUAGAUGAACUUUCCCGCCCUGAGAAAGAUGAAGAUAUCACUGCAGGCCUUGCUUCAUCAUUGUUCCCUUCAAAGAGGUUCAAAUAUGAUAGCAGUGAUGAGGAAGGUGAUGAUGAUGGAGUUGUGGACAUUGAUCCAAAGGAGGUAAAAUCUACAGAAACUGUGGAAGAAGAAGAAUCAAAGGGCAUGUCUGUUCCACAAGCAUUCUUCUUUCUACCAAAUGACCCUAGACUUACAGUUGGAUCCCAGAUGUUUUGUCGACCCAAAGACCAAGCUACUAUGAUGACAACCUGGCAAGAAGUGAAAUCUCAGCUGCAAAAUGACUUCCGCAAGAGACAUCAGAAAGCUGUACGGGAUCAGAAGACAUCAAAGAAAUGGCAGAAGAAACCAGCAAAGAGUAAAAAAUUAUGAUUAAUAUGAUGUAUGGAUGUGCAAUCUGAGAUCAUGUGAUAUUUGUGAACAUAUGGAUUCUUGUUAGCGUUACUUUCAAUCAAUGAGUUUAAAUAUGAAUGAAUUUGAAAUUGAAACAAGUCAAUCCCUUAAUCCUUGAUACAUCUCGUAUUAUUUCUAGAAUAGAUCUAAGAAACAAAUUUGCUAGAUGUCAAAUAAUUCAGUUUUGUUAAUAAAGUGAAAUUGUGACCUAAAAGUUUAAAAUAUAGUUUUUCUUCCAUAUUAUUAAACAAGACAAAACAGAAGCAAAGAAAAAUGUCCCUGAAAUAUGUACUCUUUGUCCGGAUGUAAAAUAUAUCGAGCUAUAAUAUGUAAAAUAAUUGACAAAAACUUAUGUUAUUUAAAAAUUGAAUUAUAAUUCCCAUAUUAAAUUAUCAAAAACUGAAAAAUUUGUUUACUGCUAAGAUUAUUAAUUGCACAAGAAUUAUAUUGCUGACAUUGGAAAUAUUGCGCAAGAAUUGAUAUGGAUAUAUAUUGGAACGCAUGACAAUUGAACACUAAACGGAAAUCAGAUCACUUAUAGGUAAUCUUAAUCCUUUCGGAAUUUGAAGAAUGUACACCCUUUUGAUUGCUCACUUGACCAUUUCAUUUACUUGGCUGGACCAUUUUAGAUCAUUUUGAAUAAGUACUCCUAAUAAUUUCACAACUGUUGCCUCACUUAGUUUAUAAUCACCAAAGCAUAUCUUUGGUGUAAUAACAUCAGAACGCAUAAAGUGGACAUUCAUUACUACGCAUUUACGGGGGUUUAACUUCAUGUUAUUCUGAUGUGUCCACUGUUGAAGUUCAUUACACUGUUCUGUAUAGUGGAAGUCUUAUUUACUCACGGUUCAAUUUAUCAUAGAGCAUGAUUGUGACUGAGUUGACUUUAAUUCAGAGCUUUCUAGUAAUGGAGGGAUAUAAGGUUUUUUAUCAGAAUAUCAAGGUACAUGUACAGUUGUGCUCAAGAGUUAGUGAACCCCUUCCACUAAAAGCACUCCUUCAUGUAGACAACAACAUAACAGUGUUCUGUGAGCUCAGAGAAACAAACUUGAUUGAAUGUAAUAUCACCCGAAUUCACAAUUGAAUAUUUAAAACCUCGCAGAACUUGAACACUUUCAAAUACGUUAAUUUCCUGGUGUGGUUCACUACCUUCUGAGCACAACUGUGUGUGUAUGUAGAUGAUUCUUGAAGUUUUGCAUAGAAGAGGCUUACAGUUCACCUUGUGGUUAGUCAUGGAAAGGACUUUUAGAUAAUGGAAUGAAACUGAUGGAAAUUGAAUUACCUGAAAGUGAGAAGUAUAUUUUAUGACAUAAGGUGUGCUCCUUAA